AUGAGCAGCAAGACGUGGGUGUGUCCCUAUUGUUGCCAGAAGAAUUGGUUUCCGGCGAAGUACCAGGGGAUGUCCGAGACGAGCGUGCCGUUGGAGUUGAGCGCGGAGGCGACGACGAUAGAGUACAGGGUGAGGGAGGCGGGGCCUGGGAUAGGGUUUUUGAUGUUGGUGGACACGUGCGUGGAGGAGGGCGAGUUGGAGGAGUUGAGGGGUUGUUUGUUGAGGGUGUUGCGAGAGGUGCCGUCGAAUUCGUUGGUUGGCUUGGUGACGUUUGGCAGCACGGUGCAGGUGUACGAGUUGGGGGGGGAGGAGUGCGAGUACGAGGUGGUGUACGCGUUUGGGGGGGAGGAGGAGAUGAGUCCGAGGGACAUGGGCGCGUACUUGAACGUGGAGAGAGACGCGAGGCAGAAGGCUCAGGUCGGAGUGGGCAAUCGGUUCAUGGCGCCUUAUGCGAAGUGUAGGAGGAACAUGGAGGCCGCGUUGAGGAACUUGUCGCCGGAUCCGUUCGAGGUGCAGAAGGGCAGCAGGCCGCGCCGGUGCAUGGGCAUGGCGGUCAGCACGGCGAUAUGCUUGUUGGAGAGCGCGCUGUCCGGGUCCGGGGGGAGGAUCAUGCUGUUUGCGGGCGGUCCCGGCAACGUGGGAUUGGGCGCCAUCGUCGGACAGCGAAUCAAGGACCCCAUUCGCACGCACAACGAGCUGCACCGAGAGUGCGCGCCCUACGUGCACCAGGCGAGCAAGUUCUACAGCACGUGGAGCGAGAAGCUCGUGGCGAACGGACACGCCUUCGACAUGUUUUCCUGCUCUCUGAACCAGACGGGACUGCUGGAGAUGCGCAAGCUGAGCGAGAGCACGGGCGGCAUCGUCGUGUUGGCGAACGGGUUCAGUUCUCCGGAAUUCCAGAAAAGUCUGUUCAAAUUGUUCGAAAAAGACGAGUCCGGAAAUUUGAACAUGGCGUUUCUCGGGGUGGUGGAGGUCGUGGUCACCUCGCCCCUCGCGGUUAGCGGGUGCGUUGGACACGUGUCGCCAAUGGACGGCGUCGGCCCGGGCAUCUCCGGCAGCCCGAUAGGCCGCGGCACCAAUCGGUGGAGGGUCUGCGCCUUGGACUCCUUUUCCACCCUCGGAAUUUUUUUUGAGUACAAACCUGUCAAAGUCAGACCGAAGCUCGCCUCCGCGUCCGAACAGCGCGCGGUCGUCCAGUUCCGCGUCGAGUACCAGCACGCCUCGGGCGCGCGAGUCCAAAGGGUCACCACGGUCUGUCGCACCGUGCUCCUCCCGGGCACGUCGCCCCUCCAACUCAUCCAGGGCUUCGACUACGAGUGCGCCGCCGCUCUGUUUGCCAGACUCGUCGUCCACAAGAGCGAGAAGGAGGACCUGAACUGCCUCGCUCAAAUCGACAAGCAUCUCAUCCUCCUCAUGAAGAGGUUCUGCUCCUACACCAAGGACCUCCCCUCGUCCAUACAGGUUCCCCAGGAGCUGACUCUCUACAGCCAGUUCAUGUACUACUUCAGGCGAGGACCGCUCAUCCAAAUCUUCAACAACACCCCGGACGAGUCCGUGUUCUUCCGGUUCUACCUCUCCAGGGAGUGCGUCGGCAACGUGGUCAUCAUGCUCCAGCCUACGCUCGACUCCUACACGCUCGACUCCGACCCCGUGCCCGCGUUUCUGUCCUCCAGUAGCAUCACGCCCAACAACGUCCUCCUCCUGGACACCUUCUUCCACCUCGUCGUCCACGUGGGCACCACCAUCGCGCAGUGGAGAGACGCUGGCUACCACCUGAACCCCGAGUACGAGAACCUCAAGGAGCUCCUCACCGUCCCGUUCUCGGACGCUCAGUCCCUCCUCUCGGACAGACUCCCCGUACCCAUCUACAUAGAAUGCGACCAGCACACCAGCCAGGCCAGGUUCCUCAUCGCCAUCGUCGACCCCGCCACCACGCACCUCACGCAGAGCACGAUCAGGCCGUCGGCCGACCAGCCCUCGUCGCAGGUCAUCCUCACCGAAGACUCGAGCUUGCAGACGUUCAUGAACAGACUUUUCUACCUGACUUGCAAGGAAAACUAA